AUGAAGAUUCUCGAGUCACAAAACGCGCUUCUCUCCAAUUACGAGGUUUACCAGCACCUGGUCGACCAGCGCAAGCGGAAUAAGGCACAAAACCGGCGAGUGCCUGCCAAUGCUCACCAAGCCAUGACAGAGGUCGCUAAAUAUCUCAGCGGAAAGCCUAGCCCGCUGGAAAAGCAAGAAGAAACACAGACAUACAGCCCGGCAACCAUAUCCCUCCUGCUCGAGAAGCUCCGCGAGGCCAACCUGCCCAGCGAACUGACCAAGGGCGAGCUGCUCUCCAUCCUCAACAUUCGCCCCUCAUCUACUGCGCUUUUGAGCACGGCAAUCGAGGAUAUGGAAGAGCGGUUUGACGAUGACAAUCAAAACAAGAUUGUCGACAUCAUCGCAGAAGUACUAGGAAGCGCCGAGGCGGACGAGGGCGGUGAAGAGGCCGACGAAAUGGACGCCGAUGCUGUGCCAACGGUCGAGAACGGCUACUGA